CCGCGUCACAAUAUGCAUUUGCCGCUGUUGUGCAGAAGUGGUAAAUGAAAGACUGGAUGAGGGUGAAGUGGAUCUGUAGAGCGAUAUCAUACUCAAAAUCGUCAUCCAUGGCUAGUACGCAGAAGGACACGCUGUCUGGAUCACUGUGAAAGAAGAGAGGAAAUACAUGACUCCAACAGUGAGUCGAUCCUCACUCUGAGCAGCGAGCAAAGCUUCCUUGAGGGAUUUUCCAGGAGACUGCAUAGUGAGCUUGUAUUGCAAAUGGAUCAUUUGAUGGAAACUCAUCUUCAUCAUGACUCUUGAAGAGGUUCUAACCCAGAAAUCGACCGAGCGUGCUCAAUGCACUGGCAAAGCCCUGGAAGAGGUGCUGGUGACCGCUAUGGACAACGACUCCCUCACCGUGGGCGUUUACGAGUGCGCAAAAGUGAUGAAUCUUGAUCCAGACAGUGUGUCCUUUUGCGUGUUGGCUGUGGAUGAGGAUUUUGAGUGUGACAUUGCUCUGCAAAUCCACUUCACCCUCAUCCAGUCCUUCUGCUUCGACAACGACAUCAGCAUCGUAAGAGUCAGCGAUAUGCAGCGUCUGGCUGAGAUUGUUGCUGACAAGUCGAAGCAGCUCGAAGAUGCUCACUGUGUCCUCAUCACGAACCCAGCUGAAGGGGCUUGGGAGGACCCCUCUUUGGAGAAACUGCACCUGUUCUGUGAGGAGAGUCGUCAUCAGAACGACUGGGUUCCCGAGAUCAGCCUCCCUGGACGCUGAUGCAAAAUUGAGCUCCUCUUUGUGAAGCUUUUCAUCUAACGCUCAUCCUGAUGGACAGGAUGAAGCUGUCUCAGCCCAUCCCUGGAUACUCCUGAGGAGGAUUCUCAAUCCAGGCAGCACGGCGCCGGCCCGAGGGGCCCUCGUGCACUGUCGUCUCUUGUCCCGUCCAUGCCAAGAUGACUCUCAUUCUUUGUGUGAAUGAGGUCAGGUAUGCCUCAAGAGUGACACAUCGACCCUCAUUCUUUGUGCGGAUGAGGUUUGGAGAGGAAGGAGAAGCGACGUGUGCAGCACACGUCGCUAAUUGAAGCACGCGCAGCAGGAGAAGAAGCGGUGCUGAGGAAGAGGACUUCUUAAAAAGAGACUUUUUAAAGAUGGCCUCUUAAUUGGCGAAGCAACAAGACAACAGUUGCCAUCAGCCAAAAUGUUUCCCACUUUCCAGAAUUGUCUUAAUUCUCUAAAGGUUUCACUUUAGAAGUUUAAAAUGACAACAACAUAAGCUAAAUAUAUAUUUAAAAAAAAAAAACACACACACAAAAACAAUGCCUGUUCAGUAAAGGUUUUACUUUAGAAUAUGGCUGGAUUAAAUUAAAUUAAGGUUACAAGUAUAAAAGAAUUGUACUCAAGAAUAUGUAAUUUUGAAAAAGAAAUCUAAAAAAAAAAAACAUUUUAGCAAAAA